GUUUUAAGGUGUCUUUGCUCGGUGGGGCCAAGGGGGGGCGGGCAGCUGAUAAUAGACGAUAUGUCUGUCCUUGAGCUAUGACAGCCCAGGGGUUACCCAUCUGUACUCCCCGGACACUCAGCUGUUCCAGCGCCUAUCUUCUGGCACCAUGUUGGGGGUUUUUGUCAGAGCUGCGCUGCGUCCGGGCAUUGCAAAUCCAUGCCGAUUACUCAGAACGGUAACCCAGAUACCAGAAAGGACCUUUGUGCAUCAGGAGGGUUUGCCAAAGCUGCCCGUUCCACCUUUGAAGCAAACAUGCGAGCGCUACCUGGCUGCUUUGGAGCCUAUUGUCAGCGAGGAAGAGCUGGAGCACACCCAGAUGCUAAUACAGGACUUCCUAAAGGGCGGCGUCGGAGGAAGGCUCCAGAAGGAACUGGAGAGACGUGCGAGGAAGACGGAUAACUGGCUGUCAGAGUGGUGGAUGCAAACAGCAUAUCUGGACUGUCGCAUGCCCCUGGCCGUCUACACCAGCACCGGACUCGCCUUGCCUCGAAUGCACUUUGAGGAUCGACAAGGCCAGAUGCGGUUUGCUGCCAAACUCAUUGCAGGGGUUUUGGACUUUAAAAGAAUGGUUGACACCGAAACACUGCCUGUUCAGUAUUUGAAUGGGAAGCCUUUAUGCAUGGACCAGUAUUACCAGAUUCUGUCCUCGUGUCGUAUCCCCGGUCCGAAGAGAGAUACAGUGGUGCAUUACUCUGCAGGUGCUACACCUCCUAGUCACAUCACCGUGGUUCACAACUUUCAGUUCUUUGUUUUAGAUGUUUAUAACAGCGAUGGCACCCCGCUGACAGUAGAUCAGAUCACCAUGCAGCUGGAGAAGAUCUGGAAUUCUUCUUUACAAACUAAUAAAGAACCAAUCGGCAUCCUGACGUCACAACACCGCAACACCUGGGGGAAAGCUUACAACAACCUGAUAAAGGACAGGACCAAUAAGGAUUCGGUCCGUGCUAUCCAGCAGAGCAUCUUUACCGUGUGUUUGGACGCUCCGAUGCUCAGAGUUUCCGAUGAGAUGUAUCUGAGCCGCGUGGCGGCCCAGAUGCUCCACGGAGGAGGGACGCGGUGGAACAGUGGCAACCGCUGGUUUGAUAAAACACUGCAGUUCAUUGUGGGUGAAGAUGGUACAUGUGGACUGGUCUAUGAACAUGCUCCCACCGAAGGUCCACCCAUCGUCUUUCUCAUCGAUUACGUGGUUAAAUACAUGCAGAGACCUGAGAUGGUUCGCUCCCCUAUGGUCCCCCUGCCCAUGCCUCAGAAGCUUCGCUUUAACAUCACACCCGAGAUCAAGAGAGACAUUGAGAAAGCCAAGCAAAAUAUGAACAUAAUGGUGCAGGACUUAGAUGUAAAGGUGAUCGCAUUUUCACAUUUUGGAAGAAAUGUGCCAAAGCAGCAUCGGCUGAGUCCAGAUGCGUUUGUGCAAAUGGCUCUACAGUUAGCCUACUUUAGGUAAGACACCUCUCCUAAGGACCAG